CUACUGAUGCACCAACUGAUGCAGUCCAAACUACUGAUGGACUAAUAACUGAUGCAGUCCAAACUACUGAUGCACCAACUGAUGCUGUCCAAGCUACUGAUGCACCAACUGAUGCAGUCCAAACUACUGAUGGACUAAUAACUGAUGCAGUCCAAACUACUGAUGCACCAACUGAUGCUGUCCAAGCUACUGAUGCACCAACUGAUGCAGUCCAAACUACUGAUGGACUAAUAACUGAUGCAGUCCAAACUACUGAUGCACCAACUGAUGCUGUCCAAGCUACUGAUGCACCAACUGAUGCAGUCCAAACUACUGAUGGACUAAUAACUGAUGCAGUCCAAACUACUGAUGCACCAACUGAUGCUGUCCAAGCUACUGAUGCACCAACUGAUGCAGUCCAAACUACUGAUGGACUAAUAACUGAUGCAGUCCAAACUACUGAUGCACCAACUGAUGCUGUCCAAGCUACUGAUGCACCAACUGAUGCAGUCCAAACUACUGAUGGACUAAUAACUGAUGCAGUCCAAACUACUGAUGCACCAACUGAUGCUGUCCAAGCUACUGAUGCACCAACUGAUGCAGUCCAAACUACUGAUGGACUAAUAACUGAUGCAGUCCAAACUACUGAUGCACCAACUGAUGCAGUCCAAACUACAGAUGCAUCAACUGAUACAGUUCAAACUACAGAUGCACCAACUGAAGCAGUCCAAACAACUAAUGUACCAACUGAUGCAGUCCAGACUACUGAUGUAGUCCAAACCACUGAUGUACCUACUGAUGCUCCAACGGAUGCUGUCCAAACUACUGAUGUACCAACCGAUGCUGCCCAAACUACUAAUGUUCCAACUGAUGCUGUCCAAACUACAGAUGUACUAACUGAUGCAAUCCUGAGUACUGGUGUACCUACUGAUGUGCCAACUGAUGUUGUCGAAACUACCGAUGCACCAACUGAUGCCAUCCAAACUACAAAUGUACCAACUGAUGCAGUCCAAACUACUGAUGGACUAAUAACUGAUGCAGUCCAAACUACUGAUGCACCAACUGAUGCAGUCCAAAUUACAGAUGCACCAACAGAUGCAGUCCAACAAACUACUGAUGCACCAACUGAUGCAGUCCAAACUACAGAUGCACAAACUGAUGCAGUUCAACAAACUACUGAUGCACCAACUGAUGCAGUCCAAACUACUGAUGCACCAAGUGAUGCAGCCCAACAAACUACUGAUGCACCAACUGAUGCUGUCCAAUCUACUGAUGCACCAACAGAUGCUGUCCAAACUACUGAUGUACCAACUGAUGCAGUCCAAACUUCAGAUGCACCAACUGAUACAGUCCAAACUACUGAUGUACCAACUGAUGCAGUCCAAACUACUGAUGCACCAACUGAUGCUGUCCAAACUACUGAUGCACCAACUGAUGCAGUCCAAACUUCAGAUGCACCAACUGAUACAGUCCAAACUACUGAUGUACCAACUGAUGCAGUCCAAACUACUGAUGCACCAACUGAUGCAGUCCAAACUACAGAUGCACUAACUGAUGCAGUCCAACAAACUACUGAUGCACGAACUGAUGCAGUCCAAACUACUGAUGCACCAACUGAUGCAGUCCAACAAACUACUGAUACACCAACUGAUGCUGUCCAAACUACUGAUGCACCAAGUGAUGCAGUCCAACAAACUACUGAUGCACCAACUGAUGCUGUCCAAACUACUGAUGCACCAACAGAUGCACCAACAGAUGCUGUCCAAACUACUGAUGCACCAACUGAUGCAGUCCAAACUUCAGAUGCACCAACUGAUACAGUCCAAACUACUGAUGUACCAACUGAUGCAGUCCAAACUACUGAUGCACCAACUGAUGCUGUCCAAACUACUGAUGCACCAACUGAUGCAGUCCAAACUUCAGAUGCACCAACUGACACAGUCCAAACUACUGAUGUACCAACUGAUGCAGUCCAAACUACUGAUGCACCAACUGAUGCAGUCCAAACUACAGAUGCACUAACUGAUGCAGUCCAAACUACUGAUGCACCAACUGAUGCUGUCCAAACUACUGAUGCACCAACUGAUGCAGUCCAAACUUCAGAUGCACCAACUGAUACAGUCCAAACUACUGAUGUACCAACUGAUGCAGUCCGAACUGCAGAUGUACCAACUGAUGCAGUCCAAACUACAGAUGUACCAACUGAUGCAGUCCAAACCACUGAUGCACCAACUGGUGCGAUCCAGACUACUGGUGCACGAACAGAUGCAGUCCAACAAACUACUGAUGCACCAACUAAUGCUGUCCAAACUACAGAUGCAACAACUGAUGCAGUCCAAACUACUGAUGUACCAACUGAUGCAGUCCAAACUACUGAUGCACCAACUGAUGCAGUCCAAACUACUGAUGCACGAACUGGUGCGAUCCAAACUACUGAUGCACGAACUGAUGGAGUCCAACAAACUACUGAUGUACCAACUAAUGCUGUCCAAACUACAGAUGCAACAACUGAUGCAGUCCAAACUACUGAUGUACCAACUGAUGCAGUCCAAACCACUGAUGCACCAACUGGUGCGAUCCAGACUACUGGUGCACGAACAGAUGCAGUCCAACAAACUACUGAUGCACCAACUAAUGCUGUCCAAACUACAGAUGCAACAACUGAUGCAGUCCAAACUACUGAUGUACCAACUGAUGCAGUCCAAACUACUGAUGCACCAACUGAUGCAGUCCAAACUACAGAUGCACGAACUGGUGCGAUCCAAACUACUGAUGCACGAACUGAUGGAGUCCAACAAACUACUGAUGUACCAACUAAUGCUGUCCAAACUACAGAUGCAACAACUGAUGCAGUCCAAACUACUGAUGUACCAACUGAUGCAGUCCGAACUGCAGAUGUACCAACUGAUGCAGUCCAAACUACAGAUGCACCAACUGAUGCAGUCCAAACCACUGAUGCACCAACUGGUGCGAUCCAGACUACUGAUGCACGAACAGAUGCAGUCCAACAAACUACUGAUGCACCAACUAAUGCUGUUCAAACUACAGAUGCAACAACUGAUGCAGUCCAAACUACUGAUGUACCAACUGAUGCAGUCCAAACUACUGAUGCACCAACUGAUGCAGUCCAAACUACUGAUGCACGAACUGGUGCGAUCCAAACUACUGAUGCACGAACUGAUGGAGUCCAACAAACUACUGAUGUACCAACUAAUGCUGUCCAAACUACAGAUGCAACAACUGAUGCAGUCCAAACUACUGAUGUACCAACUGAUGCAGCCCAAACUUCUGAUGCACCAACUGAUGCAGUCCAAACUACUGAUGUACCAACUGAUGCUGUCCAAACUACUGAUGCACCAACUGAUGCUGUCCAAACUACUGAUGUACCUACUGAUGUAGUCCAAACUACAGAUGCACUAACUGAUGCAGUCCAACAAACUACUGAUGCACGAACUGAUGCAGUCCAAACUACUGAUGUACCAACUAAUGCAGUCCAAACUACUGAUACACCAACUGAUGCUGUCCAAACUACAGAUGCACCAACUGAUGCAGUCCAAACUACUGAUAUACCAACGGAUGCAGUCCAAACUACUGAUACACCAACUGGUGCUGUCCAAACUACAGAUGCACCAACUGAUGCAGUCAAAACUACUGAUGCACCAACCGAUGCAGCCCAAACUACUGAUGCACCAACUGGUGCGAUCCAAACUACUGAUGCACAAACUGAUGCAGUCCAACAAACUACUGAUGCACCAACUGAUGCAGUCCAAGCUACUGAUGCAGUCAAAACUUCUGAUGGACCAGCUGAUGCAGUCCAAACUACAGAUGCACCAACUGAUGUAGCCCAAACUACUGAUGCAGUCAAAACUACUGAUGGACCAACUGAUGCAGUCCAACAAACUACAGAUGCACUAACUGAUACAGCCCAAACUACUGAUGCAAGAACUGAUGCAGUUCAAACUACUGAUGCAUCUAGUGAUGCGGUCCAACAAACUACUGAUGUAGUCAAAACUACUGAUGGACCAACUGAUGCAGUCCAACAAACUACAGAUGCACUAACUGAUGCAGUCCAAACUACUGAUGCACCUACUGAUGCGGUCCAACAUACUACUGAUGCAGUCAAAACUACUGAUGCACCAACUGAUACAGUGCAAACUACUGAUUCACCAACUGAUGCAGUCCAAACUACUGAUGCAGUCCAACAAACUACUGAUGCCCCAACUGUCCAAACUACUGAUGUACCAACUGAUGCUGUCCAAACUACUGAUGCACCAACUGUUGCUGUCCAAAUUACUGAUGUACCAACUGUGGCAGUGCAAACUACUGAUGUACCAACUGAUGUUGUCCAAACUACUGAUGCACUGACUGUUGCAGUCCAAACUACUGAUGUACCAACUGAUGCAGUGCAAACUACUGAUGCACCAACUGGUGCAGCCCAAACUACUGAUGCACCAACUGAUGCAGUGCAACAAACUACUGAUGCACCAACUGAUGUGGUCCAAACUAGUGAUGCACCAACUGGUAUAGUCCUGACUUCUAGUGCACCAACUGAUGCAGUUGAAAGUACUGAUCAACCAACCACGGUGGUAAUAACUGAGAAACCUACCAAACAUGUUACCGGCUCGACUGAAGCACAAGAAUUAUCAACCACCUUGCCAGCGUCAACCGACUCUCUGGUAAUUACUCCCACGGUGCAACCUACUAAAGAUAUUGUUGGAACAGGUAUGUUGUAAAAUUUUAUUAUCGAUAGUUUUAGUAUAGAUUAUAGAUUGGUUAAUAGGAUUGUCAGGUAUACAGUAACAGUUCAUUUGUUCAGUAUUAUAUUUUAUUAUAUUCAUUUUGAAAUCAAUGGUGUUUCCUGCAAUCUGAUUGGUUCACAGGAGUGCAAUUUCAGCACGAAUCGCGCUCCAAGCAAAUUUAAAGCAUCAGGUCAGACUCAGGGAAAACAAAGGUAAAUUCGCCUAUCGUAUUUGGAAAAUUUUAAACGCACAAAACUGCACCAAACUCUUUCAAAUCACUCGUUAAACCUACAAUAUGUUUAAACUUAUUUGUGUUGUCUCUUAUUCUUUAUAAAUGUCUUCAUUUCUUUAACAUUUUUGCAGUUCAAUUAACAAAAGUUUUACAAAACUGCUAUGCUACAGUAUACAGGGAGGUACCGGAGGUGUGUCUUUUGCAAACAAAAACGUUUCCGGUUUACAAAAAUAUUUAAAUAUUUCAAAAUGAAUAUAAUAAAGUGGAAAUUGAACUUCGUGUCGUGCAAUUUUGGACUGAAAUCAAACUUGUGAUUACAAAUCGCACUCCCGCUUCACGGUCGUGCGAUUUUGUAAUCACGCGUUUGAUUUCAGUCCAACUUGCAUUCCACUCGGUUCAAUUCGUUCUCAUCAUGUAGGAAUAAAGGUGCACAGCAACGGACGUUAUAUAUUCCUGGAGAAAAUUUAUUGUGAUUUUGAAAUUACUACAUUUUUUUCCGUCUGCAGAAUCUGAGAAUUAUUUUUUGUUGAUUACCAUUCAUGGUGCAAUCUCGGUUUUUUCGAUGUUAUUUCAGAACUGUUUAUGAUCUGGCAGCAAUGUUUCCAGCUCAAGCACUGCACUUGUCGUUCUUUUAAAGCGUUUGGUUCUGCUUUGGUCGCGGUGCAGAUAAUGGGAAAUCGUUGGUUUGAUAUGUUGUUGAUUUUCAUCGUUUUAUUUCUUUCAAAAUAGAUAAUAAAUACGGACCAUGUGAAGAGCGAUCAAAAGUUCAGUUCAAAGAUCGUUUUCUGGAAUGGCUGGCUAUUACUCAGGCAGAAGAACAGGCGUUUGAAGGUUUUGACGCUGUGGCUUUCACGAAAAACCUUCGCCUUAAUCGCUUAGGAGAUUCGGAAAUAUCGGAAAUUCAAACGGUAUGUGUGUUUUGUUUGGCGUAGUGCAUGUUACAGGAGCAGUUGGUUUGA